AUGUUCUGGCGAUUCGGCGGCUAUGCCAACAUUUCCUCAAUCGACUCCAUCCUCGAGAAGCCCAAUGUCUCGCUCGAGGAGCUGCUCGACGAGAGCGACCUGAUCCAGGAGCUCAAGCAAAACAACUCCAAACUCAUCGAAUUCCUUAGAGAGGAAUCAACCCUCCAGAAGCUGUUGGACUACGUCGUUGCCGAUAAGCCCCCGCACCCCGAAAAUGCUUCUACAAGUAAGGACGAAGACGCCGACAGAUCAUCACCCAUCAGCUUCUUCAAGAAGUCUGCCUCGCGCUCGCGCUCAAAGUCGCUCAACAAGUCGGAUGCUGGCGGCGAGGCUCCUGAAGCCGAAGAAGAAGACAAGGGUGAAGCCUUGCGCAAAAAGUACGCCUAUGUCGCGUGCGAGGUUCUUUCCUCCGAUGUCUGGUCUAUAACAGAGGCCGUACUGGAAUACCAAAACUACCUCCGCGAGUUCUGGCACUAUGUCAGUCGCCCAGCCCCGCUCGAUCCUCUGCAGGCUGGUUACUUCACAAAGGUCAAUGAAUCUUUGCUGGAUAAGAAGACGGAUGAGAUGCUGGCGUUCUUCAAGUCUUUGGACCACGUUGUUCCUGAUAUGCUACAACAUGUCGACUGCCCCAUGAUCAUGGACUUGCUACUCAAGAUUAUCAGUCUUGAGAAAGCCCCCGGAGGCCAAGGAAUUGUUGAUUGGUUGCAAACACAGGACCUUAUCCCCGUCCUCUUGUCGUACCUCGGACCUGACAACAGUGCUUCCACCCAAACAGCUGCUGGAGACUUCUUGAAAGCAAUUAUUACCAUUUCUGCGAACGCUACCACUCAGGACCAGACCGUUAUUGGUCCCAACGAACUGACCAGACAACUGGUCUCGGACGAAUGCACAACUAUCCUGAUCAAGAAUAUGCUGUCAGGAGGUAACGCUCUAACGGUCGGAGUUGGAAUCAUCAUCGAAGUCAUCCGCAAGAACAAUUCGGACUACGAUCUCGACAAUCAGGUUGGACCCGAGCCCAGAACUACAGACCCCAUCUACUUAGGAAGUCUGCUUCGCCAGUUUGCAACUCACGUGCCUGAUUUUAUGCACCUAAUCAGAAGCGCUGGAGCAAGGAAGCCUGGCCUCAAAACUGCUUUCGGCAAGGAAAUCCAACCACUUGGAUUUGACAGGUUCAAGACAUGCGAACUCAUGGCCGAACUUUUGCACUGCAGCAAUAUGGCUCUCCUGAACGAGCGUGGAAGCGAUGCUCAGAUCAAGCACAGAGACGAGGAGAGAGAGAAGCUCAAGCUUGAAGGACGCCUGAAAGGGCAACCGAUCGAAGGCUCUUCCUACGAUGAACACGAACCGUUUGCAAGUAGUGUCGACAGCCACGGAUUCCACCACGCACAAAGACCGGAUGACGACCUCAGCGGCUCACCAGAAGAGAUUAAGAGACUCGAAGUGCAAAACGCGUCCGAGGAGGAUGGUUUCGAGAAGGUGGCCGUUUCAGAUGCAGACGAGUUCAACGAGAUUGCAGGAGACACAAGCCUGCCACCACUAACAAAACAGAACGAUCCAUCAAGCAUUCACCACGUGCCAGACUCGGAAGACAAGUCUGUUCCUACAGAAGGAAUCAGCCAGCUACACAUUGACAGCCCUGAACAAGAGGGCAAUGAACCUCAAUCUGAGGGUAAGCGCCGCGUCUCGUUGUUGACCCAGCAGCUCCAACAACACAUUCAAGAAUCUGAGCUCAACUCUUUAUCAGAUCAACCCCGAACCGAUCAAGAAGACGUUGAUAUGCUUUCGCAUCCCGAGGACAGACCUGCCCCUCUGUUUACUAGUAAGACUAGUCAGUCUGCCACGAGCUCCAACGAAGAGGACCCAAGCCAUAGUACGGCUACGUUGCAGCCCGAGCCGCACAGUUCUGAAGGCGACAACGGCCUUUGGGAAGCCGAUGUCGACGGCUCUCCUGUCGUCGGAGACUUGUUGAAGAUCAUGUUCGUUGAGCAUCAAGUCGUACCUACGAUCCUUGAUUUCUUCUUCCGCUUCCCUUGGAACAACUUCCUCCACAACGUUGUAUACGAUGUGGUUCAACAAGUGUUUAAUGGCAGCUUCGAACGCGGCUAUAACCGUACCCUGGCCAUUGACCUCUUCUGCCACUCCAACUGCACCGACUUGACUUCUCAAGCCGAUGUCACUCAACGCAUCCUGGACGGACAAGCUGCGUCCGAUGACGCCCAAAAGGAGAAGGGCAUGCGUCUUGGAUACAUGGGUCAUCUUACCUUGAUCGCAGAAGAAGUGUUGAAGUUGCAAGAUCGCCAAGCCCCGGAGGUCCUCGGCGAACAGAUCAUGGAGCGUAUCACUCGCGACGAAUGGAACCAGUAUCUCGAGACCACCCUUUCCGAGACCAGAGACAGGGACAACGCUGUACUGGGCGGUGUCAAGCCCGAUCAAGGAUUCGGUGCCCGACAGGCCGGCAUCGGUGGCAACUUCUCAGGCGGCAACAACUCGAGCGCUCUCUCAAACGCUGGUCUCGUGCCUGCUGACAGCAUGGCAUUGCAAGAGGCGGGUGAUGCGAGUGGCUACGACACAGGAUCUGGCCUGCUCAGUGGAUUCGGCAACGGAGAUGACGACGAUGAUGAUCUUGAAGCGUCCAUAAGCGGCGAGAAGAGGGAGCAAGCAGUCGACGAUGAUGAGCAGGUCGGUGAACUCUCGUUUGACGAUGUCGACAUCAACCACUUCCGAUGA